AUGAAUACAUAUAGAAGUAUAAACACAACAAGAAAUCAGUCCAAUGUAGGAGCCGCUCAAGGAAAUCAAACGGGCAGGAACGGCGAUCCCGGGAAAGUGACGAUCAAAUCUGGAAAGAAUCCUGAGAAUGAACAAGGUAAUCUUGUUAAUGGGAAAGACAAGAAAGGAAAGGAGGAACAAAAAGGGGAGCUGAAGAAGGGGAAGGCUGCAACACACUCGGGAAAAUCUAACGGGACUGAGGCCAUCCCAAACAAAGCUAAUCUAGUUGCAGGCCCGACUCAGAUAUGGCGGAUGGUGGGCCCAAAGACCAAGGAGGCCUCCCUAGCUUCUAAUUCGCAGCCACCUAAUGCGGCUGUUCUGGUGGAAAUUGGCGCUUUGAUGACGGAGUCGACAACCUAA